GAAACCGGGAAAUAGUAAGCAACAGGAAGACGGAAAACAAGAGAAGUUCCUAGUGGACAACAACAAUGGAAUACCUAACGUUUUAUGCAUGGGUUAAUUGUUUGCAAUAAUUACUAUGUCUAGCUCGAAGCAUAACAUUUAGGUGUUCAGGAAUGAUCAUUAUUAAUGCCCCGUAAAGCCAAAAAGACAGAGAAGCCUCCCCUGCCGUUCCUGGAGCAUCCUGUGCGUGGAGCCAGACUCCAAAAUGUGCCUGAAGUCCGAGCAGCACUCAAUCCCAAAGAGUUUUUCACAGAGACACAGAGCAGUUCAUCUCUAAAUUCUUGGGUAAGACCAGAAUUUGAUCGUUCAGUUGCAGCUGCACUCCCAGUGAAACGAGGCAGAAGAAAAAAGUGCCUCUCUGCCACAAGCAUUUUUGACAAUUCCAGUCAGCUGUCCAGGAAAAAGAGUGUGUGCCAAUUCCCCUCAUUAUCUUUUCAUACAAGGUCAAGAGACCAAUCUAAUCAACAAAGGAGUACACACACAAAGAAAUCUUCAGAGUCUCCAGAUAUGUGUAAAACAGGAAAUCAACCACAGGGAGCGUGCCAAAUCAAAAGGACUGCACCGCACUCAGACACACCAAAGAGACAGACAUCCACAUUCAGAAAAAGGAAUGUGAAGACACUUUCCAAUGGGGCUGCAUCCUCCAGUAGGUGUUUGCACCCACCUGAAAAUCUAUCUAUUCAAGUCACAGAGAGAUGCAGUAUUCCAGCAGAUGGUGAUGUGACACCGGCCUCCAAAACGUGCAGCACCACUGAGGUCAGCAGUGUCAGUCCACCACCUGAUGUUGACACUCCAAAAGUAAUUCAAGAAGGGAGUAGUCAUCCCUCCUCGUCCUCGCCACACUUGCUACAGGCUCAGCCAUGUACACCACCAUGUAAUCAGCCACCGGAAAUGUUAGUGGCUGACACACCAGAGAGGGAUUAUGGGUUGAAGGUGACAUGGAGGAAGAGGAGGGGUCUGAUGUUGUUGUUAAAAGAGAGGGGCCAUCUCUCGGACUCAGAUGUGUUUAAUCACAGCUGAUUUGGUAAGAAGAAUAGAAGGCAAUGAUGAAAAAAGACAUUGAUUAUUCAUUGGACUGCUUCUUGUAUAAUUAUUUGUAUAAACUACUGUGAUGUGUAAGGUGAUGAUCCUAUUUCAGUUCAUUUACUGUUUACCUUUUUUUUUAUUUUGAACAUCAUAAUGAUAAACCAAGGAUGUUAUUAAAU